AUGAGGAUGCAGCUGGACUUGCCUGUGGGUUGCAUGCUGGUGCUGAUGCUGAUGACCAUGGAGCUGACCAGGAUGGGAGCAGUUCCUGUGCCCACGCCCCUCGGUGCCCUCCCGGGUGCAAGGGGCUGCUCCAUGGCCCAGUUCAAGUCUCUGCCCCCACAAGAAAUGAAGGCCUUCAGGAGGGCCAAGGAUGCCUUGGAGGAGUCCCUGCUGCUGAAGAACUGGAGCUGCAGCUCCCGCCCAUUCCCCAGGACCUGGGACCUGAGGCAGCUGCACGUGUGGGAGCGUCCCGUGGCCUUGGAGUCUGAGCUGGCCCUGACACUGAAGGUCCUGGAUACUGUGGCUAACUCUACCCUGGGGGACAUCCUGGACCAGCCCCUUCACACGCUUCACUACAUCCACACCAAGCUUCAGGCCUGUGUCCCAGCUCAGGCCACAGCAGGCUCCAGGCCCCAGGGCCACCUCCACCGCUGGCUGCGACGCCUCCAGGAGGCUUCAGAAAAGGAGUCCACUGGCUGCCUUGAAGCCUCUGUCACAUUCAACCUCUUCCGCCUCCUCACCCAUGACCUGAAAUGUGUCGCCAGUGGAGACCUGUGUGUCUGA